GAAGGGAGAGGAGAGUGUGGUCGUCUCUGCUGCCAUUUCCAUUUCCAUUUCGGCAGAAGCUGCAGAACACGAGACGCAAACUUGAGAAAGAACCCUGAAACCCCCAGUCCACCAAAGCCCUCGAGGAGGAAGCCAGCCCACCACCAGCCAUGUGGCGCCGCGCCUGCCAUCUCUUCCGAGCCACAGCCGCCGCCCGCCGCCUCCCGCAUCCGUUGCCACCGCCAGCCCCGCCUCUCCUCCUCGUUCCAAGGGUCGCCUCCUACGCCACCCAGGCAGCGGCCGCGGUGGCGUCGGCGCCCGCGGCGAGGGCGCCGCGGACGGUGGGGAGCCUGCUGCGGCUCAACGACCUGCGUGACAACCCGGGCGCGCGGAAGCAGAAGACGCGCAAGGGUCGCGGGAUCGGCUCCGGCAAGGGCAAGACUGCGGGCCGCGGCCACAAGGGCCAGAAGGCGCGCGGCACCGCGAGGUUCGGCUUCGAGGGCGGCCAGACCCCGCUCCGCCGCCGCCUGCCCCGCCGCGGCUUCAAGAACCGCUUCUCCCUCACAUUCCAGCCCUGUGGACUGGGGAAAAUUGCAAAGCUCAUCAAUGCUGGAAAAAUUGAUUCCUCUGAACUGAUCACAAUGAAGACACUGAAGGAUACAAGUGCCAUUGGGAAGCAAAUAAAGGAUGGAAUUCGCUUAAUGGGCCGUGGAGCAGAAGAAAUCAAAUGGCCAAUUCACCUUGAGGUAUCAAGGGCGACAGCAAGGGCAAAAGCUGCUGUCGAAGCAGCUGGUGGAACAGUAAGAUUGGUGUAUUACAACAAGCUUGGAUUCCGGGCGCUCCUCAAACCCGAGUGGUUUGAGAAGAAGGGGCGACUGCUACCAAAAGCGGCAAGGCCUCCGCCCAAGCAGCGAGACAAGGUUGAUAGCACUGGCCGCCUGCCUGCACCAACAAAGCCACUUCCCUUCACACCAGAGGAACUGGAGUUUGCAUCAAAGCGUGACGCUGCUCGUGUGACUGCAUAAGAUGGGGGCACGUUGGAGGCACCUUUUUCAUUCUACACACCAUACAGGCCCCUGAGAAUGUGUAUUGCAUUAGCUGGAGCAGGGAUGUAUAAGAAUGGACUGUUAUAUCUCGAAGAUCCAUUCCUUUUAGAAUGAGAUCCCUUGGCCGCAGUUUCUGAAUUUAGUUUGUCGUUUGGACUGGUGAACGCCAUUUUUCACGAGUAAAAAUUUGGAGGGAGCAGCAGCACCCGAAUACUCGGAUGGGCAUCUGAAGAGGAUCCCGAUCCAAGUUAAUAUCUAGUUGUCAGAUGAAUAUAUCCUGAUAGUUGGCUGCAUAAA